UUCCCGAGCUCUGUGCUAUCUAUAAACCCGGGAGGAAUGUGGAGGGGGGAACAGCUGGGGGCCAGCCAUCAAUGCUGACACACACACACAGGGAAAGGCAGAGCCAUGGCGAUCCCCGUCGACCCAACAGAGGAGCCUCGCAUUUACCAGCAGACUCUGCUGCAGGAGGGGCUGAGGGACCUGCUGGAGAACGGUAAGCUGGUGGACUGCGUGCUCAAGGUGAAGGGCCGGGAGCUGCCGUGUCACGGCCUGGUGCUGGCGGCCUGCAGCCCGUACUUCCGAGCGAGGCUGCUGGCGGAGGCGGGCCCGGGACAAGGCCCGAGGAGGGAGCUGGUGCUGGACGACGAGGAGCUGGAGCCUGAUCUGGUCGAGGCCUUGCUGCGUUACCUGUACAGCUCCGAGCUGCCCCUCAGCGACGCCAACGUCAAGGAGGUGCUGGCGGCCGCCAGCCUGCUGCAGAUCCCGUCCGUCUUCACCGUCUGCGUGUCGUUCCUGCACCAGCGCCUGGGCCUCAGUAACUGCCUGGCCGUCUUCAGGCUCGGCCUGAUGCUCGACUGCCCGCGCCUGGCCGUCGCCGCCCGGGACCUGGCGUGCGAGCACUUCCCGCUGGUGAGCAAGGACCCCGACUUCCUGGGCCUCAGCGCCGCCGAGCUGACCGCCAUCAUCUCCAGCGACUCGCUCAACGUCGAGCGGGAGGAGCUGGUCUUCGAGGCGGUGAUGGCCUGGGCCUCCAGCCAGGCCGCUCCCGCCCAGGCCCUGGCCCAGCUCCUGGGCUGCGUCCGCUUCCUCCUCAUGCCCCGCGACUACCUGGAGCGGCAGGUCCGGGCCUACCCCCUGCUCAGCUCCAGCCCCGAGCUCCUCCAGAAGAUCCAGCAGGUCAGGGAUGCCCACAGGAGGGAGGAGGGCGGGGAGCAAGAGAAGGAGGCCAAGAAGACCCCCGCCAAGGAGGAGCAGGCCCCCUCCCCUGGCAACCAAGAGGCCAAGGAGGAGCAGCCCCCCAGCCUCCUGAAUAAAACCCCCAGGUUCGGCAUGUUCGUCAAGGACCUCAUCUUCAUGAUCAACGACGAGGCCACGGUGGCCUACGAUCCCACCACCAAUGAGUGCUACUUCGCCUCGGUCUCCUCGAAGGUCCCCAAGAACCACUCCAGCGUGGUGACCAAGCAGAACCAGGUCUUUGUAGCAGGAGGUCUCUACUACGACGACAGCAGUAAGGAGAACCCAUUGCACUCCUACUUCCUGCAGUUUGAUCCCCUGGACUCUGACUGGCUAGGGAUGCCAGCCUUACCCUCUCCACGCUGCCUCUUUGGUCUGGGCGAAGCUGAUAAUGCCGUCUAUGUCAUUGGUGGGAAGGAAGUGAAUGAAGAGGAGAAGACACUGGACACUGUGAUGUGCUAUGAUCGACACACAUUUAAAUGGGGAGAAUCGGAUCCACUUCCAUAUGAAGUAUAUGGCCAUUCUGUGGUGUCUCACAAUGAACGGGUAUACGUAAUAGGAGGCAAAGGAAAAGAUAAGAAGUGCUUGAACAGAGUGUUGGUGUAUAACCCCCAGAGGUUCGAAUGGAGGGAGUUGGCUCCCAUGAAGAUUGCCCGCUCUUUGUUUGGAGCAGCGGUCUAUCGAGAUAAAAUCUGGGUAGCCACAGGAGUCACGGACAGCGGACUGACUGGAAGCAUCGAGGUGUAUGACAUAGCUGCAAACGAGUGGGAAGAGAUGGCAGAGUUUCCUCAGGAACGUAGCUCUCUGAGCCUUGUCACGUUGUCUAAAUGUCUAUACGCCAUUGGUGGGUUUACUAUGGUACAAACUGAAUCUGGAGAUUUUGUCCCAACUGAAAUCAAUGACAUUUGGAAGUACAAUGACGACAAGAAGGAAUGGUUUGGUAUUCUUAGAGAGAUCCCAUAUGCUUCAACAGCAACCUUCCUCCCAGUGAGACUAAAUAUUUUACGAAUGAGCAAGUUAUAAGGCCAAUACUACUAUAAUAGGAAUAAUAGUGAUUGGGUUGAAACAGAAAGGGCUCAAGGUAUUUUGAAACAGGUUAUUUGUAUCUGAAUAAUGGAUAAUUGGAAUAAUGUAUUUUUUCUAAAACAUUUAAGACAUUUUAGAAAUGAUUGUUUAUCUGAAAACAAAGGUAAAAAUGUUCCAUUAUUGAAUAAACUACUCUGUAAAACCACUUAAUCCUAUUUAUUAAUAGAUAUAAUAGAAGUUUCACAGUAAUGAACAAUAUAAUUAUUUUGCAAACCUUUCAGACUAGUAGCAGUUUAAAAUAUAUUCGCGACACAGAACGUAUAUAAAAAUUCAGCUACUUUUAUUAAUUUUCUUUUCACCACUGGCAUCCAGUCCCUCAAAAUAUUCCUCUCCCCACUGAAUAGUCCAAGGACUCACCACAACCUUCCUGGAGGACCAGGCAAGUGCAGGACAAGUUACACUUACACUGCCACCUCCUCCAUUCCCACUAAUAAUCAGAACGUCCCUUGAUUUCAGUGCGAUGACAACUCAGGGGUCGUGGGUUUCUGCCAGGGUCUUCAUGUGACUCAAGCCUCGAUCGGUAGAUCAUAGGGGUCACACAGGCAGGAUGACUUGAUGUAAUGGGAUCCUGAGGGUAUGAUUUGCUUUACCUUCCCUCUGUGCUGCUGCUCUGUCUCACUGUUAAGACGUUUGGCUUCAAAGCUUUGGUCGAAGCUUGACAGACAUGUUGUUGCUGUCUUGCGUGAUUGGUAGUGAGCUGCACCCAGUCACUAGCAUCAAUGCUACCAAACUUCAAGGAGAACCUCGGUGUCUUUGAAGCUUUUUAUUUUGUUCUCAUCCAGUAUGUUGGCUGUUUGACAGUUGAGAAGAGACCUGGCAGCGUUUAUAGUUUUUGGCCAUCUGGACACAAUCCAUUGAAGUUCACAUUGCAGAUUUGACCGAAUUCUUGUACAGUGAGGCAUCAAGACAGAUAAUUCCAUUUGUUUGCCAGUCCUCAGACUGAAUCUGGGAGAGGGAGCAGAGGCAUUUUUGGUGGAAUUAUUCUCACACACAAAUCACAGAUUGCAGUAUACGAGUGUGGCAAUGACAACUGCUGUCUCGUCGAGGAUUCAUUUCUAAAUGUAAAUAUAAUCACUGUCAAGCAUUCACUGCUAGAGAGAGGCAGUGAAAGUCAAGGAUAGAAAAUCUUGGUGACAAAUAUCGACAAAAUUGGAAAAAAGCUUUCAAAUCUCGUGGCAACAUUAUAGCCUGCAAUGAAAAUAGUCAGGGCUAAACAAUGACUCAGUGGUAUUGUGUUUGCAGUUCAAAAUUCCUCUAGACAGGGGAGACCAGAAGUGGAUUGUUAAACAACUCUGUUCAGACUUCAGUCAUAACCCUUAGGCUCUUAGUAAAGAUGUUGUCAUAUUAAUUUUUAAUUCCACUCCUACUUAUUGGCUUCACCAAGCUAGUCCAAAUAAAAGAAUCCUACAUUAUGGCACUUUUGGCUUUCCUUUUGGUACUUUAUAGUCUUCCAGAUGCAAUUUUUAAAUGUGAAAUUAGCAGAGUGAAAGAAAGUAUAAUAUCUCAACAGUGAAGAUUGCAGAGUUCCACGAUACAGAGGGAUCUGGGUCCCCUCUUGUGUAUAAAGUUAGUGCAGGUACAGCAAGUCAUUAGGAAAACUGACGAAAUAUUGUCAUUCAUCCUGAGAGGAACGGAAUAGAAAAACAGGGAGGUUAUGCCUCUGUUCCACAGAAAACUGCAUCUAGUGUACAGUGCACCCUGUAAUAGUCACUUCUUUUCAGUAAGGACAUACAUGCAUCGAAGCAGUUCAGAGAAGGUUUGCUAGACUCAUACCUGGAAUGGACAGGUUUUUUUUUAAAAUGAGGAAAUGUCAGACAGGCUAGGUAUGUGUCCAUCGGAGUUCAGGAAAAUAAACGACGGCUGAAAUGUAUAAAAUCCUAAGGGAUCUUGAAAGUGUAGAAAGGAAGCAUAUGUUUCCUCUCAUCGGAGAAUCUAAAGCAAGAUGGUGUCACUAUUUAAAAAUCAGGUCACCCAUUUAAAACCGUGGUGAGGUGAAUUUUAUUCUCAGAGUUGACAGUCUUUGGAACUCUUCCUUCUUGGUAUAUACCUGGCUUAGGUUUUAAAAGCACUGAAGAAGGACAAAAAGACUGAGGGAAGUGAAGAAUUCUAUAGUUUCAAGCUCCUCUGAAAGGACAAAUGAAAGGCAUGUGAAUUACAGGAAAAAUGUGCAAAUUGUGCUAAGUUCCAAGUUGGUUGACAACAAUUUUUAAGAAUACAAAGGUGUAAACCAUGCUUUUAUUAUAAUGAAAGAAUUUAUUUCUUCAGGAAUUAGACAGCAAAUCCUGACUACACUAUACACUAAGCAGUACAUAAAUGACAGAUAUAGACUGGUAAUUGUAGCACCUAUGGACAUAAUCUUCCUUUAAACCACAAGACUACAACAUUCUACAUUAAUGCUAUGUACACAAGAUAACUAAGACGUGUUUAUGUAGUAAAAUAUAGAAUUAACAUACUUAUAACUGAUACACAAAUUUGAUUUUAAUUUUUUUCUUAAACCUAAUGCUUUACUAAAAUGGACCAAGCUAAAUUUUGGCCUUGUAUCCAACAAAUAUUAUCCGUAGCAUUUCCCCUAUUCAACAAGCUGUACAACACUACCUGAAUGAGGCAGUACUACGCAGCUGUUUACAUCAGUAUGAUCUUGCUUCAAAUGAAAUCUCUCCACAAGAUAGCGGAAUAACUACAGUAUGAAGCAGUGUUUCCCCCCCCCCUCAUCUGUGGUCCUUUGGAGGAAGGGAUAUUAGGGUUAAGGUGCAAGAUUUCAUUGUAAAUAUAGCUUACCUAAAUGAAGCUUAUGAAUCAAUUCACCCAUGAUUUCAUUUUGUACAGCAAAAGUAACAUUCACUGUGAAAUAAGGAUGUCAACAAAGGGUUAAAAGGCUCCAAUCCAAUGCUAUCCUUGUUCACGUUUCUCAAACUCUGAACAACAGUCUUUAAAUUAAUUCUUUUAAAAAAUCCUCCAUGAACACAGCUGGAGACCGAACCUUUACCCAAUAUAGCCUCCGGGACUUGGCAAACCAGAGGAUGCCUGCUUUAAGUACUUCCAUAAUGAAUGGAAUGAUAUAACAACCUCAACAUUAACCGGAUGGAUUCCAGAAGUUUUUGCAAUUAGUACGAGCACUUCAAAUAUUUUUUUAAAAGAAUACUUGUGGCAACAAUAUGAUAACCACAGGCGGUGCCUCUGAAAAAGCAAGGAAAUCCUCAAACGUGUCAAUUGAGACACUCUCAGCUGCAGUUUUGACAGAUUGCACUUAGAUAUAUCAUUUACCUGAACAGGUUUCUCUUGCUUUGUGAUGGCCAAUAGCCUUUGCAAAAAAAACCUUUUUUUAAAAAAUUUGGGAUAAUUUCAUCCAAUUCUGUUUUAGAAUUGUUAAAUAAAAUGGAAGGAUUAUGUACUGCAAGGAAUUAAAAAGUACAAUGAAGAGAUGAAGGCUGCAAAAGGAAGCACAGAAUCUAACUACUCCCUCCCUCUGGUUGAAGUCCGUUUAGCAUGCGACUGUUAGCGUGUAUAUAUAUAUAUAAAAAAAUGAAAGAUGAGAAUACCAUAUAAAUUAAAUACCAGAAUCUGAAGGAAAAGUAACAGCUGCUAUGGAUGAUUCACAUUGUACUGUUUUGUGCAAAGGAUCCCAUAAACCCCCUUUGUUCAUGGUUUUGUCCUGAAUUGCAAACUUGGAACAAAGUUUGCUGUCAUUGCCGUUGGAUCCUAUAACAACAGACUAGCAUCCCAUUACACCACGCUGCAUUGCUGUAUCUGAGAUAAUGAGCAGGUUUACAUGCUAAUGAACAACUGAGGGGUCCUAUGUUAGAACACAAAUUCCAAUUAAAAGUUGGCUGAAUUACCAACACCGAAAAUAAGUAUCAGGAUGCCCAACCCAAAGAUUGCUAUUGCUUGAAGGUGCAGUCUUGAUGAGCAAAAUAGGCAGAUUUCAAAAGUAUCAAAACAUUGAAUAUUAAAAAGUCCUAUGUCUUUACAAUAACCAACUUUUUAUUUAAUUUUUUUAAACUCUGUAUCCGAUAAGAGCAUAUUAAAAAUACUGAAAUGCUUCACUGACAUUUUCCUCCUCGUCUCUGUACAAUGACAAAUACUGCACGUUAAAUUCUGUGACAAAAUAUAGUUCGAGACUUAACAGUGCACUUGCAAAUAAAUUCUGCUCUGCUGUUACUUACCAUUAAAUAUAGUAAUGAUUCUUCUAAAAUCUGCAGUUCAGAAACAGAGAAUGACUUCUCCCAUGCCCCGGUGCAAAAUAGUGAUUUAAAUUGUUAAAGCAGCUUAUAAGCACAUCAAUCAAAUUGAAUAUUUCAAUUAGAUUUCUAUUAUUUUAAUCCUGCAUUAUGACAAAAUAGUCUUAAGGAUGGGUAGGGAAAAGGGCGUCUUUAAUAAUUACAAGAAGAUUAACCUAUGGUGAGGAUGUAGUGUAAUGUCCACAUGAUUCAACAAAAUUCCACUCUAAAAUCUGAGGCCUUUUACAGUUCCCAAACAAAGUAAUCGCUGCAGUUUAAGGUGGGCUUCAAAUAGUAAGUUCACCCCUUUGUAAUGCUUUAAAAUCUAGGUUAGUGUUCAAGUUUAGAGGGAUGUCAAUAUCUAUUAGUUCAGUAGAACAGAAAUUGACUAAAAUGGCAGCAUGUGGAAAUUAUUCCAGUUUUGGGGAACUCUUCCCAUAAAGCUAUGUGUGAAAAUCCACCACAAGCAGACAGCUGUGUCAAGUACAAGACCUUUCUGGUAAGAUACCUGUAGCAGCAUUGUUAUCAGGGCUGCCAAUGGAAGACUGCUCCUCUCUGUCCUACUCCCACGAUCCUUCUUAAAAAAGUUCACCUUUUAGAGGCACACCAUUUUUAGAGUCAAGAUGUCACAGGCAAAUUGGACUGAGACAGGAAGGAUGCUGCAGCAAUGCAAUUAAUAUCCCUGGGUGUGUCUUACAGUCCACCUUGAACAGUUACUGGAAGGGUUACCAAAUCAAAAGCUCAACCAGAUCUAACACUGCCACUGUCAAUUGUUCUCUAUGCCUUUCAGUAAAACAUAAGCCCUUGGUCAGGGGGAAGCUAAUCAAGGUGGUUUUAAUCCUAGAGGAGCAGCAUAAUGACAAAGGCACUAUCUGAAACACUGAAGUCUGUGCUGAAAGUCCUACUUCAGAAAGCAAGCCACUGAUGCACCUGGGCUUAACAUCAUACACAAAGGAGAAUCCCCAGUUCUGGUACCAAGUCAUACUUUUAAUUUGACCACACUUUAAAUGUGAGCCUGUCAUAUGGUUUCAAUAAACAGGAAGAAAACAGCAGAACAGGCAGAAACCAGAGUAAAGGACCAGUCAACGUUUCAGCUAUUACCCUUCUUCAGGAGUCCUGCUGCUUGCUGACUGCUCCUUUCCUCCAGAUGCUGCCUGACCUGCUGUGUUCUUCCAGCCUCCCAUUUGCCUACCUUGGAUUCCAGCAUCUGCAGUUUUUCUUUGUCUCUGAUAUUGUUUCGAUAACUGAAUUUUCCCCUGUAGGAGGAGGGAUGGAAGUAUCUCUGAUGGGCAAAUAUAUCUAAUGAUCCCCAACCAUGUCUUGCUAAAUUCUGUAAUUCGAGUCCCUUAAGGCAACCAUUUGCAAGAGAACUUCAUUUCUUUGUCUUUCUUUUCCCUGGGGUCUAUAAAGUUUAAAGUUAAUGAAAGGUGCAAAAACCCUCACAUCAGCUGCAACUUAAAGCAGCAUAUUUCCCAAUACUUCUUGCUGCUGAGAUUUCAACACCCAAAUGCUCCUUACUUGACUUCUACUGCAUGUAUUUUCUCAGUCCUCUCCAUUACACUGUGCCUUGGCUUAGUGCAGAAUCCUCCACAACAGCACUGACCAGUUUCAUUCCCAUUUAAAUUUCAAACUCUCCAGCUCAGUUCUUUAAGAACGAUUGGAAUGGUCUGUCCUUCUGCUGCACUGUAAAUAUUAGAAGAAUAUUUAUUUCUGCCUUUAUUAACUCUGCUUUCCUAUUAAAAGCCACAGUGCUCAUGAUCAUCAAGUGCUAACUUGGUCCUCCAAAGAAACAAGGGCUCCCUGGUCAGCCCCAACAAAGAUGGCCACAAAGUUUGGAGGCAAAGCAGUCAGUAAAGUGAACUGGAGUAAGUGGUGGUUAGAGCACACUUUUGCAAUCCACCCAGUUCCCUGCCUCCAGGCUGUUAACUGACUGAGAGAGAAGUCCUACUUUCCGUGACUGAUUUUGUCAGUCAUCCCUUCUUUAGUGUCUGUACUUGGCCACAAACUGGAGCCCCUCAGUUCCAUUAAUUCUUAUCCUCUCACCUCAGUUGCUUCUGUGGUUAAGUCAUACAGUCCAUGGUAAAAUAAACACUGCCCCGGUUCACUCAUAUGACAUGACACUAACUGCUAAAAUGUCAAGUCGGUUUAGACGUGCCACAGUAAAUGGUUAAACUUGCUACACACAAGCACAGCUUGCUUUACUUAACUAAACAUGUGUUAAAAAAUAGCAGGAUACACUUUGGAGGCUCAAAAGAAUGGGUUUGGGAAGUGGGGGGGGAUUAGGUUUGGAGAGGAGUGGGGUUGAGUUUGGACAGGUAGGAAGGGGUGCUCAGAAAAGGGAGGAAUCCAACAAUACCUUGCUAAGUAUAUUAGAAACACAUUUAUGAAGGGCUUUGCUCUCUGCAUUAAAUCUGUACAUGUCCUUCUUGCAUUAUAUGCUGCAGGGAUAUUUAUGUUCAAAAACGCAAACAGAAAAGUUUUUUUUAAAGUGAGAGCAGUUUAAGUCUAUGGAUGCCUUUAAAAGUAGUUCAGACUACUUGGUAAUAGCCUUUAGUCCUAUAAUGACAUUUAAAAAACAAAAAUCCUUUGUCUACAUCCUUACUGUAAAUAAUACACCAAAAUAGGUUUUUUGUUACAUAAGUCAAUAAUGAUCUUUUUCAAGGUUGUUUGAAUCUGAGUCCCCAUCUGUUAAGUAUGCCCCCUUUGGUUAUAUUCCUUCCAGGUAACAGAAUAUAUUCAGCGUCACACCCAGUGCGCGCUUCUCUGUCUGCUACAGUCACUUGUCUCUUUUUUUUGUUUGGAGGGCCAAAAUGCCCCCUGCCCCUUUACAGCCAUUCAGUUGUUGUUGGCAUUUAUCCGUCCAGCUGGAAAGAGGGGAGGUGGCGG